AGGGUACCAUUCGAGUCGGGCAGUUGUUAAAAUUCCGAGGUCAGAGCAGCACCAGCAGCAGAAUUAUUUGCACAUUAUAUUAUUGCAAAAAUUAUAAAUAGUCAUGCAAAUUUUUGCCAUUUUUCUCGUCGUGGUGGUGGUGGCGUCAAAUUGUAACGCGGCCGGCGUUCUGGACAACUUUCUCCCCGCGAUGUUGUACCCGGUCCAGGGAGGAACAAAGAACCCGAACGCCUGCGCGUUUAACGGACCCCAAGACACGCCCACCCUGAGGGGGCAGAAUUUCCUGGAAAAUUUCGGAACUCGGAGUUGCCUCACGUUCAGAAGAAGCCAACCCAAGCUUCCAGUUAAUAUGGGGGUCUGUUCUUGGAACUCGUUACCCACGUCCAACCAACUGUUCAACUUUAACAAUGGGAAUGGUGGCUCAAUCGUGAAGACCGUUGUUUCCGGCGUGUUUGGGGCGGACACGUGUCUCUCAGCGACCCAGUUUGGGGGUCAGUUGCAAGCCGAGCGGUGUUCCGUGACGGGGAAGGAUUUCAGUCAGACGUGGCGAUUCACCCGUGUCCGGCAGAACGUGUAUCAGAUGACGCACGUGGGGCAAAGCAAGUGUUUGCGGGUGGACAGCACGCGGGUGGGUGCGGUACCGAGUCUCGUGCGGUGCAAUACCUUCGAUAACUUCCAGUUGUGGAGGAUUUGCACUUCAAAAUAAAAAAAUUGCGUGUAAUAUUUUGGCGAAAAUAAAAACCUUGGUUGGAUGGAUUACCAUUUCAAAUA